AUGGUACAGAACGGUAGACACGGGGAUGAUAUGGAACAGAAUGGCAGGCACGAGGAUGGUAUAGUACAGAACGGCAGACAUGGGGAUGGUAUAGUACAGAACGGCAGACACGGGGAUGGUAUAGUAAAGAACGGCAGACAAAGGGAUGGUAUGGUACAGAGUGGCAGACACGGGGAUGGUACAGUACAGAAUGGCAGACACGAGGAUGGUAUAGUACAGAACGGCAGACACGGGGAUGGUAUAGUACAUAACGGCAGACACGGGGAUGGUAUAGUACAUAACGGCAGACACGGGGAUGGUAUAGUAAAGAACGGCAGACAAAGGGAUGGUAUGGUACAGAGUGGCAGAUACGGGGAUGGUACAGUACAGAAUGGCAGACACGAGGAUGAUAUAGUACAGAACGGCAGACACGGGGAUGGUAUAGUACAUAACGGCAGACACGGGGAUGGUAUGAUACAGAACGGCAAAAACGGGGAUGGUAUGAUACAGAACGGCAGACACGGGGAUGGUAUGAUAAAGAAUGGCAGACACGGGGAUGGUAUAGUACAGAAUGGCAGACACGGGGAUGGUAUGAUACAGAACGGCAGACACGGGGAUGGUAUGAUACAGAACGGCAGACACGGGGAUGGUAUGAUACAGAACGGCAGACACGGGGAUGGUAUGAUACAGAACGGCAGACACGGGGAUGGUAUAGUACAGAAUGGCAGACACGGGGAUGGUAUGAUACAGAACGGCAGACACGGGGAUGGUAUAGUACAGAAUGGCAGACACGGGGAUGGUAUGAUACAGAACGGCAGACACGGGGAUGGUAUGGUACAUAAUGGCAGGUCGUGUUAA